GAAGCCGCAGCGCACGUGGCACAGGCGAGGCAGAAGGACCAGUCCCAGAUUCAGGAGCUCCAACGACGUUACACCGCCUUGGAGGAGGCAGCCCAAGCCAAAGAAGCCGAAGGAGCGCGGUUGCAACGGAACAUGGAGCACCGACAUGGCGAGGCUGUGGAUCAACUCAGCCGGCUCUACCAGCGAAAGCUGGCACAUGAGUCGGACAGGCUGCUGACGCUGCGGUUGCAGAUAGACGAUCUACAAGAACAGAAGCACAAGGAAGAGGAGCAGCACUUGCGCCAGAUGCAUGAGUCUGCUGUGGCGGCCCAAGAAGAGCUCUCUCGCUUGCUCGCUGAGAGAGAUCUGGAAAUCAAGAAGCAUCAG